GUAGGGACGGAGGCAGGGAGGGAGGAAGGCCGACGGGGGGCAUAAGGAAGGCGGGUGGGCCGGCCGUCGCCUCACGGCGUCAUCGAGCGGCGCCGCCGCCAUGGCGCUGAGGCGCGGCGGGGCAGCAGCCGGCCGGGCGGCGGUGGGCUCGCAGCCACUGGAGCAUGUGGUGCGCAUCCCCUGGGCCCUGCGGCAGCGCCUGGAGAAGCGGCGGAAGGAAAGGCGGCCCGGGGAGGCGGCGGUGCCCUCCGGCAAGCUGCUGCUACGGAGCCGGCGGCCGGAGCUGAGCCAGCCCCGCUGGCAGAUAGUGGGGCGCUGGGAGCGGCCGCGGCUGGUGUCGGCGGGCUGGAAGCACAGGGAGGCGUGCGGGGAUUACUUCCAGCUGGAGCCUUCUCAGAAGGCUGCCCCCGCUUUGAAGGCUCUGCCGGCUCCUCAGGGCCAGUCCUUCGCCGAGAUGGGGCUGCAGCCGGCGCUGCUGACUGCCUUGCAGAGCCUGGAGGUCGGCCGCCCCACGGUGGUGCAGCGCCUCGCCAUCCCCACUCUGCUCCGCGGCCGCAGCGCCCUGUGCGCCGCCGAGACGGGCAGUGGCAAAACGCUGGCUUACCUGCUGCCGCUGCUCGACCGCCUGCUCGCCCGGCCCGAGAAGGAGGAGGAGGAGGAGGAGAAAAAGGCCGCGGCACCCCGCGGGCUGGUGGUGGUGCCGUCGCGGGAGCUGGCAGCGCAGGUGGGCGCGGUGGCGGCGGCGCUGUGCCGGCCGGCGGGGCUGCGGGUGCGGGGGCUGACGGGCGGCGGCGCAGCGGGCGGGCUGAGGCGGCAGCUGAGGGCGCCGGGGGUCGCCGUGCUGCUGGGCACCCCCGGGGCGCUGCGGGAUGCGCUGCGGAGGAGGUUUCUGACCCUCGGGAGGCUGCGGUGGAUGGUGCUGGACGAGGCGGACACGCUGAUGGACGAGUCCUUCGUGGCGCCCAUUGAGGAGAUCCUGGCGCAUGCCCCGCUCACUGCUGGGGCCCCUGGGCCGGCUGGGCCCCGGGAGGAGAGGACGCAGGUGGUGGUGGUGGGAGCCACCUUCCCCGCUGGGCUGAGCCAGAUGCUGGGGAGGUUCAUUGACGUGGGCUGCUUCGCCAGCCUGGCCACCCAGAGCCUGCACCGCCUACCGCCCCAUGUCCAGCAGAAGUUCAUCCGGCUGAAGGGCCAGGACAAGCUGCCGGAACUGCUGCAGCUCCUCAAGGACCAUCCGGUAUCCGGUGGGGCUGUCGUCAUCUUCUGCAACAGCGCCAGCACAGUCAACUGGCUGGGCUACAUCCUGGAUGACCACAAAAUCAAGCACGUGAGGUUGCAGGGGCAGAUGUCAGCCGUUGCCAGAGCCGGCAUCUUUGCCUCCUUUCAGAAGGGUGACGUAUCCGUCCUUGUCUGCACUGACCUGGCCUCCCGGGGUCUGGACACCAGCAGCGUGCAGCUAGUGGUCAACUACGACUUCCCAGACACGCUGCAGGACUACCUGCACCGCGUGGGGCGGGUUGGACGCGUCGGAAGCAAGACGCCUGGAGCCGUGGUUAGUUUUGUCACCCAUCGGUGGGAUGUGGACCUGGUGCGGAAAAUCGAGACUGCAGCCCGGAAAAGGACAGGUCUCCCGGGUAUGGACUGCUCUCUUAACGAGCCUCCGCCUAAAGCAGAUUGAUUUGAGUUGCCAAGCAGUAAUAAAUGGCCUGGCAGGGCCUAAGCUUGAAGCUAUUAAGGCAGAGCAUAUGAGCUCAAGUGUGUGAGUUACACUGAAACAGUACAGAAUUGAGGUUCAUAACCAGGUGAUGGGGUUAAUUUUGUGCACUGUUCUGGAAGCUGCGAUAAUCACUUCCAAAGGCGUCACAACUCACAGCUUCCCAAAAGGAGGUUAAUAAGUGAAUAAUAAAAUACCUUUGGAGAAGA